GAGCGAUUUCGGAACAUCUCUCGAAAUGAACCGAUUUUUUUUUUUGGGUUUUUUUUUGGUUUUUUUUGUGCCUCGUACAUCUUUUGGGCGAAUUUGUUUCACUUUUUCCCUCCCUUCUUUCGGUGCUCAUGUUGCCAUGAUGCUGAUGGACAACCAUUGCAUUUCCUCUGAAAACUAUCCGCUUUGCACCACUGUCUUGCCCGUCGAGGGUAUGACAUGCCACAGCUGUGUCAAUGCCAUUACCAAUGCUCUCCGCCAACUCGACGGCAUUCAGUCCGUCACAGUCAGUCUUACCAACCAAGAAGCUACUGUUGAAUAUAACCGUAUCGUGACAAGUGAAGCCAGCCUUAUUGAAACCAUCGAAAAUUGCGGGUUUGAUGUUCCCGUGUCCGACCCACAUACCACCACUUCCAUCGUGCCCGUGCGCGGCAUGACAUGCAAUUCCUGCACUCAAUCCAUCUCCUCGGCUUUAACCAAUCUUCCCGGCACAAAGACAGUUCAUGUGAGCUUGACUGACGAAAACGCUACUAUCACACACAAUCCUGCCACUCUGUCUCUCGCCACCAUCGUUGACGUUAUCCUGGACUGCGGUUUUGAUGUCCCCUUGCCAUCGCGCACUGGGUUGCCAACGACGACGACAACCAGUGUGGUUCCUGUGCUUGGUAUGACCUGCUCUUCCUGUACGAAUGCUGUCAAGAAUGCAUUGAAAGAGAAGCAAGGGAUUUCUUUGGUGGAAGUUAGUUUAGAUAAUGAAGAAGCAACAAUUGUCCAUGAUCCUUUGGUGAUUUCUCUUCAAGCCAUAAGAUCGAUCAUUGAAGAUUGCGGAUUUGAAGUUUCAUCCCGUCAACCACCGGCUAAAGCGGAUCAAGACAUUAUCAUGGCUGUGGAUGCCGAAUUUCCUAUGCAGACGGUUUUUGCUGCGGAACAUGUAUCAACAGUCCAGCUGGAAGUACGAGGCAUGACGUGCGCAAGCUGCGUGAACAACAUUGAAAAGGCGGUUCGAGCCCAUGACGGGAUCCUCAGCAUCAAAGUAUCCUUGCUGGCCGAGCGAGCUGUCAUAGAAUACGAUCCAACCUAUAUACCGACCGAAGAAGCGAUUGCAGACUUUAUACGCGACGCUGGAUUUGAAGCAUCUAUUGUUCAAAAGGGCGGCAAGAACGCGUUGCAGCUUCAAGUGUUUGGCAUGACCUGUGCAAGCUGUGUACAUAAUAUUGAACUCGCGGUACAAAAGCUGCCAGGGGUGAAGACGGCUUCAGUGAACCUGAUGACGGAAACUGCGAAAAUCGAGUAUGACGAAACGAUGGUCGGUCCGCGGUCCAUUGUAGAAGCCAUCGAAGCACUGGGGUUCAGUGCCAUUGUGGCCGAUCAAACAAAACAUUCACAGUUAGAAAGUCUGACCAAAGUACGCGAAAUCAAAGCCUGGCGUCGUGCUUUAUUCCAAAGCGUCAUUUUCGCUAUUCCGGUCUUUGUAAUUGCCAUGGUUCUUCCUGAAUUUGCUUGGUCACAGCCACUACUGGAUACCCUUUUGGUUAUACCUGGACUCUACCUCAUGGAUGUGGUUCAGUUGGUCCUUACGCUCCCGGUGCAAUUCGGGGUGGGACGUCUGUUUCUUGUUUCCGCCUAUCGUUCUUUACGUCAUGGGUCGCCUACCAUGGAUUUGCUUGUCACUAUAUCGACCUUGGCCGCUUUCUCAUUUUCAGUCCUUUCCAUGGUGCGAUCGGUUAUUACGGCAUCGCCACAUCAUCCCUCGGUGUUUUUUGAUACAUCCACCAUGCUCAUUUCGUUUAUUGUCCUUGGGCGGUAUUUGGAGAACAUAGCCAAAGGGCAAUCUUCGUCGGCUCUUUCCAAACUCAUCUCUCUCGCACCGUCAACGGCCGUCCUGGUGACCAUGGACUCGGAUAGAAAAGAGAUUAUCAAUGAGAAACGGAUUCCUUCGGAACUGAUCGAGCAAAACGACGUUUUGAAAAUUGUGCCGGGGGACAAAAUUCCUACGGAUGGCAUCGUGGUCUCCGGAUCGUCUUCCGUGGAUGAGAGUAUGGUGACCGGCGAAGUCGAUCCCGUAACGAAAAAGAAGGGUGAUACGGUGAUUGGAGGGACCGUGAACGGGUUGGGCACAUUUCUCAUGCAAGCGCUUCGUGUGGGCUCCGAUACCGCCCUGAGCCAAAUUGUGAAAUUGAUUGAAGAUGCUCAGGUCAGCAAAGCCCCAAUUCAGGGAUUCACCGAUGUUGUGGCCGGUUACUUUGUGCCUUCGGUCGUACUCCUCGGUAUUGGCACCUUGGUUGGAUGGACCGUUCUCGUGGGGAUCUUGGGCGUCGAUCAUAUGCCGACCAUGAUGAAAAUGGAGAUCGAGCAGGAAGGCAAAGGCAACUGGUUCUUUGUUUGCCUGAAACUAUGUAUCAGUGUGAUCAUUGUGGCUUGCCCCUGUGCGCUUGGUCUUGCGACUCCCACCGCCGUCAUGGUCGGCACCGGGGUUGGGGCCGAGAAUGGCAUUCUUUUCAAAGGCGCCGCUGUACUGGAGAAUGGCCAAAAAGUCAACAAGAUGGUAUUUGACAAGACAGGAACCUUGACGACCGGCAAAGUGCAAGUGGUCGCGUGUGAGACCUGGGAUGGUCAAGAAACGGCGGGCCAUACCAUGCUGCUUUUGUCGGCCAUUGCCGAAGCCCACAGUGAGCACUUACUGGGCCGCGCCGUGGUGGCUCAGGCCAAACGCUUUACAGGCAUCGACAUUAUGGAAAAUUUGGGCACCGUCACUCACUUUCAAAGCGAGACCGGGUUCGGUGUCGAAUGUCAACUCACCCUCACAGACGGUGUGGCGGCUAUCGCACACCCCGAGAUGCGACACAGUGUGCAAGCAAUGGUGGGCAAGCCACAAAUAAUCGUGAUUGGCAACCAAAAAUGGCUGCAGGAUCACCACUACAUUGAUUUGAGCAACGAUCAGCUGCAUAGAAUCGAAAAACAACACGCAAAAGGUUAUACAUGUAUUCUGAUCGCGAUCAACGGGGAAGCAACGGGCUAUAUUUCCAUAUCCGAUGUUGUUCGUCCCGAAGCACAGCAAGUCAUUGCUACGCUACACGCCAUGGGAAUACGUACAGCUAUGGUGACUGGCGACAAUGAAUUGACAGCACAGAGUAUUGCAUCCAAGCUAGGCAUCACCGAAGUGCAUGCGGGUGUAUCGCCCAACGGAAAGACGCAAAUUGUUCAGCGUAUGCAGCGCCAAGUAUUGAAUCCAUUCGCCUCGAAACGAUUUUGGUAUUGCGGACCAUGGCUAUUUGGAAGACGAGGAUCAAAACGCACUACGGUCGCCAUGGUAGGCGACGGCAUCAAUGAUUCACCAGCGUUGGUCGCUGCGGAUUUAGGCAUUGCUCUCUGUUCGGGCACCGAUAUUGCUAUGGAAGCCGCGGAUGUGAUUUUGAUGCGAAGUGAUUUAUCAGAUGUAGUCGGCGCUCUUGAUUUAUCACGUAAGAUUUUCCGUCGUAUUCGUAUCAAUCUGUUAUGGGCAUGUGUUUACAACGUGGUGGGUAUCCCUUUGGCCAUGGGUAUUUUCAUGCCUUGGGGCUACCAUCUGCAUCCAAUGAUGGCAGGCUUGGCCAUGGCCGCCAGCUCCGUCAGUGUGGUGGUGAGUAGCUUGAUGCUGAAAUGGCUCUGGCGCAAACCUGCCUUGGUUCCAAGCUUUGACGACACGGACUACAGCGAAGAACCGUCCAUGGUACGGUUAGCGAUCGUGCCCGAAGUCCCAGCAACCGAAGAAACCGUCAUGGACGCCAAUCCACACUGGUAUCAGCCAACAACUUCCGUUGCCAGAAUCGUCUCUCAUCUCCGCAGCUUGUUCACUUUUCAACCGUCUCAGGAUUAUCAACCCCUUCCCAUCACUCAAACCUUUGAUCUGGAACCCGUCACCAGCCGCUAAGCCUACGUUUAUCUUUAUCGAUAUAUCCCUCAAGUAUCACUUGGGCUCUUUUUCUUUUAGCAUGUAUUCCCACUUGAUGCUAAAUCCUUCAUAUUCUUCAUUUUUUUUUUUUUUUUUUUUAACUAUUUGGUAAUAAAACGAAG